CUCGAUCUCUCACUUUUUCGGGUUUGCUCCGAACCUUCUCCAAACCAAGCGACGUCUUUUGUUGUUGUCAUCCUCCUUGUUGUUGAUCCUGUUGCUCUCGCUCUCGCUCUUUGCAUUACAGAUUCGAAGAAACCAUGUCAGCGUAUGCUCGUGCGGCGCUGCUCACUAGUGCCAUGCAUCCUGUCCAGAGAAGCAACCAAUCGCGUUCCUCCUCCACUUCGAGAAAUCAGCGAACGAGAGCCACGGCAGCUCACGCCAACACCCCGAGGCGUACCAAGAGCGCCUCCUCUGUUUCUAGUAGAGGACGAUCGUUGUCGGCUUCCUCCAAAGCGACGACCGUGGCUGUUCAAAAUGGGAUGGCCCAGCAGAAUCGUGGUCGGCAGCAAGUUCUCCAGAAACCGCGUCAACAGCCGCAAGUACAGCUGCAACAACAGCCACCUCGAACGAUUCAAGAUCUCGGAGGAGAUGUCGGGUGUUCGCAGUUGACCAUGAAUUCGAGCGACUAUUCGGAAAACGCCGAAAACGUUCCCAUGCACCAAGAGCAGCAGCAUGUUGCGCCUCGUCGUGGAUCGAUUUCCUCCUCUUCCAAGAGCACUCGACGUCAUGCACAGAACGUCAAUCCCAAGGCGGUAGGACAGAUGCAUCCGCAGCAAAACCAUGCUCUUCGCAGCGACACGCCCAUCAACGCGCAGGGACGGUACCAAAUGGGUCCUUCUACGUCGCACCACCGACCACUCCAACAGAGCGUUUUGACUCGGUUGAACGAGACUCCAAUGGCGCCACCAGGCAACCGACCAGCGCGCAAGAUGGCCAAUGUGACUCUCCUUGGGCAUCGGGAAGAGCGUCGUCGAAGACAUGGCAGUGGCUCUGUAGCGAGCAGCAGCCAUGCGGGAGCCUCUGUAGCGAACAGCAGCCAUGUUAGAGCCUCUGCACCAACCAAAGAGGAGAUCAAGGCCAUGCUGGAGGAGAUGCUCGCGGGACACGAGGCGAAAAAAGACACAGAACUCGAAGCAAGCGUGGGGGUCUCUGUACCAACCAAAGAGGAGAUCAAAACCAUACUGGAGGAGAUGCUUGCGGGACACGAGGCGAAAAAGGACAAAGAACUCGAAUCGAGAGAGAAAGAACUCGAAGCGAGAGAGAAAACAGUCGAAGAGUGGGCGAAGGAAGUCGAAGAGAAAUCGCAAGAGUUCCAAGUCAACAUGCAAACACGAGAAGAGUCUCUUGACCAAAAGAAGGAGGAGGUACUCGAGGCAGUGAAAGAAACCAAGGAAAUGGAGUCGAAACUGCAAGAAUUCAAGGCCAGAUUUGAAGAUUCUGUUGACCGAAAGAAGCAAGAGACGCUCGCGGCGGUGGAAGCAACCAGCAAACAGGCCUUGGAAACGGUCCUACGAGCCAAAACGCAGGCUGUGGAAGUAGUGGACGAUAAGAAGGAAUCGAUCGAUCGAACUCUUGACCAGCAUCGCAAAGAGAUGAAGGAGAACACGGACACCAACAAACGUCUGGAGGAACGGGUAAAAGGUCUUGUCGAGGAAUCCAAAUCAUGGUUCCAUAGAAGUGUGGACGUUGUAACUGCCAUGUUUCGUCUCAAGAGACCCAUUGAGUCUUCCACUGAGGAUGACGAUGAAUUCGUGGAGCGCCCCAAGAAGAAGACCCGUAUCGAAAUCUCGGACAGCUCUGACCAAGAGUCCUCAAGCAACGAAAGCGACAACCCCAUCGCUGAAACCGCCAGCGGAGAUUCGGAAACCACGUUCCAUGCGCCGAAGGCGGAAGUGGCUGCCCAGAAGAAGGCGGUGGCGGAAGAGAGCAAGCAAGCCGCAGCCAUCAAUACCUCUGCCUACCAAGGUGGGUCCGCCGCACCGAAACCAGAAGUGCUCACCCAGACGAAAAUGAAGGUCCCGAUGGAAGCUAGCAAGAAGUCCGCGGCCAACAAUCGCUCACUUGCAAAAGACACCAGCGACAACGCUGAGAUUCUCAAAAGCAAGUCCUCCGCACCGAACCCAGUGGUGCCAAAACCAUCUGUUGCGGCCCAGAAGGAGGUUGUAUCGACUGAAGUGAGCAACAAAGCGACCGCCCGCAACGAUGGAGCUGCAAAGGGCAAGGCCGUUGCGCAGAAACCAGUGGCUUUAGACCAGAAGAAGCGGACAGGUGCUACGGAAUCGAACAGCCAAAAGCCGCGACGGAGCCAGCGUCGAGCAACGGCCGCCCACGUCGAAUACAACGAGAACAAUUUGUUCCGAGCCCAAGGGAUCCAGAUGCCAGGUGCUAUUCCCAACAAGAAGAAACCAACCGGGAAGGCCCCUCGUGGUAACGUUCCCAAAAAGAAGAGCUCUUCUCAGGUUGGCAAGAAGGCCAAGAAGCUGUUUGCGCCAUCUGGGGGAAGCGGUCGCAACGAUACGACCGGCAGUUCUCCGUCUAGUGGAUCAUCCGUGAGCCUAACGGCGACCCAAACAAAGGAAGUGCAGAGCGAGAAGAAAGCGACCCACAAGGUUCGCAUCAACGUCCGUAAACAACCGCCCAAGACGAAGACCAAGAGCGAACCACCCAAGACGAAAAAGAGGAGCGGCAGCUCGGAGUCUGAAACCUCGGAUCCUUCGAAAGCCAAGAAGAAGAAGGCCGAGAUCCCAGAGGUUGUGUUCAGUCAUCCCAAGCGAAACGCCAAAACGCCCCACCCUUCAUCUUCCCAGACAGAUUCGUCGGAAUCGACACUUGGCUUUGACGAUCCAACUACUGCAGGCCGAAAGAAGAAGGCUCGUCGUCGAAAGCAAUCUCGUGGCUCGUCAGCACCUACGGAUGAAGAGAUUGACGGUUUCAACUUUUCCGGGUAGGGCUAUGCAUGUUUUGUAAACAGCAGCAGAUGACGAAUGAAUGAAUGAACUCGAUUUAGGGGCUGCGUGUCAACUGAAUACGAAGCGCACGCAGUGUGUUUCUAUUCUUGCUGCCGCUGUCCAGAGCACUCGAUAUUGGAAGAUGGGGUGUGCCUAUCAUUGUGACAGCAGAUAGAAACUAAACUAACCAGACAUCAAAAGGG